AUGUCAAUUGUUCAAUUUGUAUACAUAUACCUAAUAGGAGGGGUGACAUUCUUACCUUUCUUGAUCAUAGGUUUCAUUUACUUGCAUCCCAAGAUUGACCUUGAUGUGGGUGAUGAAUUAGAAGAACCUUUGAAGGCAGGGGAGAUCGAAGAAGAGAAAAAAUCAGGUAUAAAGGCUUAUAAAUCAGGUUGGAUAACAGUAACUCAGGAUUACAUUGAAUCUACUGACGAUAUUACCGCCAAUACCUCAUCUAUCAAUGAUAGCCAUGAUAACAAAUCCGCCUAUUCCACGUUAUAUAAGUUGGUUAAAAAUUCAGAACCUGAUGUGGAAAUAGAGAGAGAUCCAGAUCAAAUGAAUCAUCAAACACAACCCAAUAAUGAACAAAUCAAGACCAACCAGAAGAAGCAUCGAUUCUAUGGAGUUCUUAAACAUGGCAAUCUUUUCCUUUACAAGAAUCAAACACUCAAAGAUGUCAAGCACGUGAUUGUUUUAUCCAAUGAGUUUGUUACUCUAUGGCCACGAGAUGUUCAAGAGGGCCAAUUAUUCACUAAAAGAACAGCUAUUUGUCUCAUGAAGAAAGAUUGGUCUAGAACAAGGAGAUUGUCAGAGAACUUCAAUAAGGAUAAAUUGACUAUUGAUGAUAUUUUAGAUCCUAUAAACAACUUGAACCCUCCCAAAUCGUCGUUUUUCAUACAUUGUGAUACUAACAUUGAUAAGGAGGAUUGGUAUUUCUCAUUGAUUAGAGCUUCUAAGGUUGAUGAAGAUGCUUCUAAAUUAUCGUCCAAGAUAUAUGCAUCCACUCUACAUUUUGAAACCAAUGAAAUGAUUGAUCUUAUUCAAUCUUUGUACAGUUCAGAAGGACAAUUACAAACCAAAUGGUUCAAUGCUUUGAUAGGGAGGAUUUUCUUAUCAUUGAAAAGAACCGAAGUUUUGCAAAACUUCUUAACCACUAGAAUCACCAAAAAACUAAACAAAAUCAAAACCCCUGGAUUCUUGGAUAAGUUCAAAUUGGGUGAGGUUGAUCCGGGUAAUUCUAUUCCAUUCUUCACCUAUCCCGACUUGAAAGAAAUCAAUCCAAAUGGAACAUUGAUUUUCACAUCUUAUGUUCACUAUCAUGGUAACUUAUCAUGUAACAUAUCCACUAAAGUCAAUUUGAACUUCGGUGGAGCCAGAUUUGCUCAAACACAAGUUGAUGUUGUACUCAAAGUAACCUUACAAAAACUCGAAGGUCCAAUAAUCUUCAAAAUUAAACCUCCUCCUAGUGAAAGAUUAUGGUAUAGUUUUGAGAUUGAACCUUUAAUGUCCAUCAAGAUCGAACCAAUCAUCAGUUCAAGACAAAUGACCUACAAUAUCAUCACUUCAGCUAUUGAGAAGAAAUUCAAAGAUGCUAUCAAGGAAAGUUUAGUAUUACCUCAUUGGGACGAUAUUGUAUUCUACGACACUGAAGGAGAAUUAUUUAGAGGAGGUAUUUGGGAUAAAUCCACUCGUCCUCAUGAACAUCACCAUCAAAAAACUGAAUCCACAAGUGAUUCUGAAUCACUUUUUGACCCAAGUGUUAAGACCAGAACUUCAUCUUUUAGUGAUCUCAAAGAGACCAGGUCAGAGAUUUCAGAUUCAUCGACCAAACUUAAACUUACCAACACAUUAAGUGAUUUAUCAAAGAAAAUGAAAAAAUCUAAAUCUACCCAUACCGUGGGUAUCAAUGGUGAUAAUUGGUUAUCUGACGGGUCGUUGAUUGAAGAUACUAAUUCUCAAACUUCCAAUCCCAAUUUGAACAAUGCCAAGGCUCAAAUUGGUAAGACCUGGAAGAAAAUAGGAGAUUGGUACAGUAACACACAAAACCAUGAAGACAAAGAGAAGGAUUAUCAAAAACCUGAAAUGAUUCUGAACAGGAGAAGACCAAGAGUUCAAAGUAAUGAGCACAGGGGACAGAUUCCUCCCUCACCUUCAAAUUCUAUCCCUUCUUAUGAGAUGUUUUCUAAAUCAACUGAUUUAGGACUUGUCAGUCACUCCCGAACUAAUUCAAAGGUGGAUCAAAGCCCAUUGUUAGAUACUGGGAGUGUUCAAGAUCCUUUCAAAGAUGUCAAGGAAGAUGAAGAGAUAAAAGAAGACUUAGAACCUAUCAAGCAGCAUGUAGAAUCAACUAAUGAAGAUGAUAUGGAACCAAACAAGGAAUUCCUCGAGGAAAGUCCCUUCAUCGAAGGAUUUAUCCCUGCAAAAUCACUUUCUGCUUCGUCUACUUCCUUAUCCAAUGAUACUGAAUUCACACCUCAAUCCAUUAGUCCUCAAUUGAAAUCAUCUGCUUUUGCUACUGAAGAGUCGAUUAAUGCUGUCCCGGUGACAAGCAAUGAUCAUAUAGAGAGAUCAAAUAGUAAACUUCAUAGGAAAGCUCCACCUCCAUUAUAA